AUGUUUUCACCACUCACGAAGGCACUAUCGCUGCAAAGUUACAGAACUAUCAACCUUCAGACAAGGACCGAUGCAUGGUUGCGGUGCCGCAGGUGGUAUUGUAGUGACAAAGAUGACGUCGACGAUGUAGUAACAAGAAUCAAAAUUUCCCCUAUAAAGAGAACCAACGAGUCCAUAGAGAAGAAAAGAGCACGGUUGAUAUAUCAAUCACGGAAAAGAGGGAUCCUGGAGACAGACUUGCUUUUGUCGGGGUUCGCUGCCAAAUAUCUGAAGAAGAUGAACGAAGAGGAACUGGAAGAGUAUGAUUCUCUAUUGAAUGAGUUGGACUGGGAUAUCUAUUAUUGGGCUACAAAGAAUUUCAAAACUAGUCCUUUGCCUAAAAAAUGGUCUAACUCUAAGUUGUUGAAGCAACUACAAGAGUUCAGCGAGAAUAAAGAGAAGGAAAUCUUAAGCAUGCCUGAUUUGUCUAAGUAUUAG